UCCGCGAUGAGAAGCGAUGGCUGGUGGCCAAUUGAAUCGAGGCAGAUCGCGAAUCUCAGACCAAGAACAAUGCGCAUUCUUCAUUGUUCGUUCAAUUGGGUAACAUACUCUAGCUAAUUUCGCAUUCGGGACAUAACAUAAACCCAGAAAAUAUGAAUCAGUCGGGUGUCCACAAAAAGAAGCCAAGGAUUCGGAAUCGCCAGAGGAACAAAAUCAACCAGUUGCAUCAAGACCAAGAGGAAGUUCUAGAGGAUACUACGGUUCAGUUGAAAACGGUUCCCAAAAGUGAUAGUUACCGGGAGGCAACUCCUCUUGAAAGUGUCUCCCCUCAGGUGAAAAGUUCUACAAAAGUUGGAGUCACUCUGAUUGAGACAUUAUUUAAUAAUAGUCAGGUGGAAAUUCCGCAAGAGAAUGAUACCAUAAGGCUAGUACAGCAACUGUUGCGUAGGAAAUUAUUAGCCAAAAAUAGUGCAGCUCCCAUUAGCAAACCAGAGCCAGGCACUGUUCAGGCCAAAUUAGUUAGCCCACCUAAAGAAAUCAAAAGUGAAAAAGAAAAACCAAAGAUUUCAAGUGCUUUAGAAUCUACCAAAGUUUCAGUAGAACUAAAGGCUUCCGGAAAAGCAUUAAAAGAUGUGAAAGCCGAUGAAAUGGAUGAGCUGCUCAAAUGCCUGGGUUCCAAGUUACAAAAGGGUACUGGAGAAUCCCCAGCUGCGGCGCUUUUCAGCAAUCUUGGCAAGCUUUUCAGCCAAGCUCCACCUAGCGAUGUGGAGUCUUCCGAUGAAGAGGCGGAGGAGUAUGUGGAGUACAUCUAUAAGCCAAGGCAGUAUUUCAUGGCCUCGUUGUGCAAUUUCUGCAAGGCGGAUCUGUGUGGCCAAAAUCGGAUUCCCUGCUCCCGCUGCGGACUGAGCUACUACUGCAGUGGUGGCCACAUGAAAGACGACCAGGAGCACCGGCAACUGUGCAACGCCAUUCGCCAAACGGUGGACCGGAAUGGUCACGACAUGUUCUACAAGUGCGGCGACUUCAGUGGCGAGCAGUUCCGUUCCUACCGGAUCGUGUGCAUCCGCCAGGUGGAGAAGGAGAUGAAUCGCCAGCUCUCGGCCACGGAACAGGAGUUGCUCCUGUUCCCAAUGAUUUGUGGCGAGUUCAAGUGCCGGGAGCAUCGCUUCAAGCGUCUGUCCCUCUGCGGAGGAUGUGGCGAGGUGGCCUUCUGCAAGGACAAACCGGGGCAUCGCCGGAAGGAGGAGCAUGCCAAGUGGUGUGGAGCCUACCAACUGUUCAAGGCCUUCAUCAUGUUCCAGGCGAACUUUGGCCGUCUGGAUCCAUCUCUGCCCAAUAAGGUUCUCAGGGAGGUGCCCAUGGCUUGUUCCAACACCAAACAUAUAAUGAAGAAGCUUAAUUUCAAUGUUACAAACGAGUGCGAGUACGCAGCGCUUACUCAGGUGUCCACAGGACCUUUAACCGCCUGGUUUGCUCUAAAACUCUGUGAACGUCUAAGGAAUUGUGAGGAGUUGACUCUUCAUUUAAUUGGAGCCGAGAUCGAAUUUGAAGUGGAUAUGCUACAGAAAUGGGAACUUUUCCUUCUCCACAUAAUGCCAACCGUAAAAAGUCUUAAUGUGGUAUUUAUUGGACCCGAGCUAAAUCCCAAUAAUAUAUCUUUUGAACAGCUAAAGAAAAUAAAGUGCUGCCGGCUGUGCAGAAAAGCCCACAGAAGUGUAAACUAUUAUUUCGAAAAUGCUUUGUACCACGAUUACUGCAAAGAACCGCAUUUUCUUCAGCCCAACUUGGUUUGCUUCUUUAACUCUGGCCUAUACCGAUCAACUGGAUUCGCCCUGGAGGAUACUUGGCCAGAUACCAUUCAAGCUGCACUUAAUCUGAAAUGUCUCAUUGUAGUAACCUCAUAUACAAAGUACGAGGCUCCUCUGGAUAUGGCGCACUUUAUCAAUCAAUCGAAUCGACAUAUAAAUCUCAUAUUGCCACCGACCACAAAUCCGUUUUCUUCUGAGAAACCAGAACGAAACUUUAUAUCAGAUAACGAAGCUCCAUUUAUGUUUAAGAAUUUCUAUUGUUUUGUUGUUGAGUAAGUAGUCGGAAAUGAAAAGACUGUUUAUAAAGAAAGUAACCCGU